GCACGCAACAGAAGCUAAAGAAGAUUACAGCGGAUAAAGUUCUUACAUGCAGCGCUCCACUGAGACGUCAUGUAGAAAAGAUCCUUCAUCAUUACUGACAUCAGACACUAUAACAGCUGAAAACAGCACCAGUGACACAGUGUUUAGAUAUUGGUCGUAUAACCAAUAUCAGAAACUAAUAUGUAUUUCUGCAACUUCCGUUCAAAAUAUCUUUUAUACAAGACUAACCAUUGUUUUGAGAUUUUGCUUUCUUUUGAGACACCCUUUUUAUACUUCCUAAAUACACAUUUCAAUGUUUAUUUUCUUAAUAUGUAUCUAUUUGUGUCUGUAAUUUCAAUUAUAAUACAUAGGCUAUCUUCAAAAUGUUUUUAUCUAAUUAAUUUUUUUCCUCAUGCACUAAAGAAAUAUCAGCUUAAGCAGCACUUACCACAAACCUUCUCUUAUUUAUAUUAAGGCUUAUAUAUAGUUGUUAAUAUAGUUGUUUGUUAAUAAUGUGUGUGUGUGUGUGUGUGUGUGUGUGUGUACACAAAAAUACAAAGCAAAUAUAUUCAAACUAUAAAUAAUUGUCAUAGCUUUGAAUCAAGAAAAUACAAAUGAAAAUAUAUACUUUAUACAGUUGUUGAGACCCAUUUACACCAUGUACUAAUUCUAAGGGAAAACAGGUUUCGAAAGCACAGCAAUAAAUUUAUCAAAACAUCUAAAGUUGAACUUUGUGCUUUAUGAAUGAUAGCCAAUGAUCUUUCCAUAAGAACAAUAUUUCUAAAGUAAUUGUACCAUUCUUUUAUUGACGGGACAAGACUUUUGUUUAAUUUAUUUAGGUAUUUUCCCCCCUAUUGAAUUAAUAGAGUAAUAUGAAGAGAUAUCCCAAAUUCCUUCUUUAAAAUUUUCAAAUCUAAUACAGUAAUAAAUUAAAACAAGGAUUUAGACCUUUUAUUCACUUUUCAGGCCAGUUGCAAAAUGCUUUUAGAAGUUAGUCAUCUUUUUGUCCUUUUAUGACUGGUUAAAACUUUAAUUCGGUUACAUAGAAAGUUAAAUACAAAGAACACGAUUGAUUACCCUUGGCUAACUGCUAGUUGUUCAGUCAACUGCCCCCAGAUUUCAGUAAACAAUUGGAAAUAAUACAUAUUUUAUUAGCAAAUGACUUAUUUGCACAUUUAAACACAAAAUUACAAAACAACUGCUUUAACUGACAUGGUAAAAGGACGUUAUCUAUUAGUUCAAAUGUUUACCAUAUCCACCUGAGGUAUUUUACAGAGAAAAGAUAAGCAAUACGUAUCGAAAACCUAGUCUGAAAACCCAGUGACCUUGUUUGCUCGUUUUAGCAUCAUAAGCGUACCCUAGAUGGCAGUGUCUCGCCUCAGCUUGUUUAUAUAUUCACAGCUGAAGAAAAACGAAACCGAUCACGUUACUGCCGUAUAAUGUCAAUAAUGUUUGGCUUUUUUGUACUUCCAAUCUGUAUCUGUAUGUGUAAUACAGUCUAAGUGACAUUUACGAAAAAUCACAAUGUAUUGCGGACUGUUGGGAUGAAGGUACGAAUUUUACUUUAUUUUUGACGUUCGUGUUUUUGAGCACGUUAACCUGGAAUUCAACCUGGAAAUAGAGCACGAGCACAAUGUCCAUUGUGUCGUGUUACCUCUGGUAGGAUGAUCAAAAGUCAAGAGCAAGAUGAGUUCAUUGCUGUGAGAGUUCAGGAUCCUCGUGUUCAAAAUGAAGGGUCGUGGAACUCAUAUGUGGACUUCAAAAUUUUCCUUCAUACAAACAGCAAAGCGUUCACUGCCAAAACAUCCUGUGUGAGACGGAGAUACAGCGAGUUUGUGUGGUUGAAGAAAAAACUGCAAAAGAACGCUGGUCUGGUACCUGUUCCUGAUCUCCCGAAAAAAUCUUUCUUCUCAUUUAUUAAUGAUGACUUUAUUGAAAGGAGGAGAAAAGGUCUUCAGAGCUUCUUGGAUAAAGUGCUGCACAUGACAGUAUGCCUGUCAGAUAGCCAGCUCCAUCUUUUCCUUCAGACUCAGCUUCCUGUCAAGCACAUCGAGGACUGUGUGCAGGGUCACACCCCUUACACUGUGACAGAAGCCAUUCUCACUUAUGCUUCCUCUAACCGUGGCUGGGUGCAGGAGGAAGGCGAAGGGGAUGGCGGCCAAGAAUUAUGGCCCACCCCUGUUCCAUAUGAAUCUAUAGAGAGCCCUGCUCCUCACCUCCCUUCAUUACAAAGUCCAGGAGCCACAUCCAGUGGACCUCCAAAUGAACAGAUAAAUGAAUGUACAGAUGUUUCAGACCAUGAGUCGAGGCUGAGUGAAGCAGAACAGACUAGACUUGACUGCACUCAAGAGGGAGAGAGUUACAUUAAACUAGUAGUUGAAGUCCACCCAAAUCUUGUUGUAUCUGUAGAAACCGAGGAAGAGGAUGGAAACACUGGCUCAAAAGAAACGCAUAAGUUUGACGAAGACGCCAAAUAUCUACAAAGCACUGAUUGUGAAUAUGUAGCUCCACAGAUAGACAGACUGAUUGAAGACAAACUUCAGCAAGGAGAUACACACAAUGAAGAAGAUCUUGAUCAAGAAACUCAUGUUGCUGAGGUUACAUCAGUGGACAAAGUCUUUGAGAAGAAGACUCUUGAUGAUAUCAAUAAUGCGAAGAAGGGAAGUCAGGAAUUUGGACUUGAACAGGAUAGCACUGUGAGACAAACCCCCGACAAGGUCCUUCAUGAGGAAGAUCCAGGAGUGAGGAUCCAUCAAAAUGAAGUAACUGUUGAUCUCAGUGUUGAUGCUGAGAACGUACUUGAAACCGUAGAAGACAACACGCCAAAGACUGAAGAUCAAGAUAAAGCUGAGAUAACAGAGGAACACGUGGUCCAAGAGAACGGAUUCGGUGAUGAAGAUUUUCCUGCCCAGGAAGAGGCCAUGAAUGAAAAUGAAGUGCAUGUUGGGGAAGUGAACAAGCUCAAUGCGAAGUGUCUUCAGCCUGACAGUGCCAUUUUGAUACUUGAGGGAAUUGAGGAAGCGGUAAGCACGCAAGCGGCCCCCGUGACAGAGACUGUCAGUAACCUCGGUGACAGUACUGCUGAUGUCAACAAGCUUGUUUUACAAGCCAUAGAGAUGGAUUCGAUUCAGUGUCACGAGACAGACAGUCUAACUAUCAUCGCUACCCACCAACCAGAUGCUAAUUCCCAUGAGUCAUGAAUAGGACAGAGUUAUCAAAGUCCUCCUUUCAGCUCUUUCCCAGUCAACAUCCAAGAUGUUUUUCUACUUUGUGAGUGAGUGCAUGUAACUGUUUUCUGCAUUGAUCCACUGUUGAGUUGUGUUCAGUUACAGACUGUUUACAGAAGAUACACUGAAUGAUUAGACCAGGCUUUAGUUUUUCCCCUACGAACAAUGUGAACAAACACAGAUAAUGCACUAACUAAUGUGCCAUUCAGGAUUGUGAGCAAAUUGCACGAGCAACGAAAAGUUAUGAAUCCAUAGUAGCGAGUGUGAAAAUGCAGCGUAUAUCACUACGGCACCCUUAUUCUAAUAUUCACCAUUCUUAAUCAAAAUAUUUCUCUUGUUUGUGUAAUUUUAGCAGCAGGGAUUACCUCAUUACAUGUCGCUGAUCCAUUUUAGCAAAACCAGAUUUCGACUUUCUAAAGGCACUUCCUUUUUUUUUCUCCCAACUGUAAAAACAUGUUGCUCUCACAUGUUAGCUCUACUUGAACUUUGGGUAAUUUUAAGGAAUAGUUUGGUCCCAAUUUAAAUUCUGUCAACUUUUCUCACCCCCGUGUUCUUCCAUACCCUAAUGGGUGUCUUGUGUGGAGCACAGGAUGAUAUUCGGAAAGAUGUCUUUUCUGUCCAGUGUUGUUUUGGACCCAGCUUAAUUUCACUGUAUAGUUGAAACAUUAUUCUAAGUAUCUUCUUUUGUAUUUUAAUAAAUGUACAAAAAUCACAAGGGUGAGUAAGUGAUGACAGGAUGUUUAGUGGUAGUGUGGCUGUUAAGAGUAAUUUUUUUUUUUUUAUACUUCAGGUCUUUGAUAUCUAAUUUCAUUGUUGCUUAAUUUAUGAUCAGAACACUAAUUUCUAAGUAAAAAUAACCCAAAUGCAUAAUAACAGUGCGCAUUGUUUGGAAUAAUAUACGUUAUUUCCCCCGUCAUGUUGCACUAGGUCAGGUGAGCUACUCGUGGACCGUACUUCUAUAUUCUGCUGUGAUGAUGUUACUCUAGCUGCUUGUAAUACUAAUAUAGGAACAGAAACAUGCUCAAAAGGGAAUUGUUUGUUGAUUGACAGACAAGGGUACUUUUUUAUUUUCUGAGAUAUGUUUAUCUUUUAUUACGCACAGAUGUUAUUUUUUAUCCAAAUCAGCACAGUAAUAAUUAUUAGUGCAUAGUAGCAUUACAAAUUCAAAGCAUCCUAAGUUAUUUUUUUAUUUGUUUUUAAUGGAUUUAAAAAGGGUAUAAGAACAUCUCAGUCGGCUCCACCUCUUAAUGUGACAUUUUCAUGUUCAUUCGAAUGAGCCACGUAUAGAUCUAUACUACAUCGUACAUGGGUGCCAGAGCAGGUGUUUGUUACUGUAUGUAUGUUUGGAUUCACCAGUGUGCUUACUAACAGCAAUCCAAUAAAGAAUAAGAGGUUGAAAUUAAACUCUGUGUCCGCUGAAUUACCUGAAAGAACACACCUUGAGUGUCUUCACUAUACCGACCAACAGUGUUUGGAAAUGUAAUGGGUUACAUAUUACAAGUGUAGAUUACAUAUUACAUCUUAUUCAAAAUGUAAUAAUAGUGUAACUUUUUAAUUACUUUUAAUUACCUUUCUAAUAUUUUGAACUGUUAAUCACUGUAAACCAAACUUUCAAAAUCAUCUUCAUCUUAUAAUUAAGAUUGUAAUAAGAGAUAAAGCUCAUCUUUAUUUUGCAAUAACAAUUGGCUGGAUGUACAUUAUCCCUCUAUUACAUGAGCUUUUUUAAACCCAUUACGUGCAUGAAGAAGG